GAAAAGCUUCAGGAUGCAUUCUCAGUAAAACGCGAGCUGAUUGGUCGACCUGAAAUCGGACCAAUUAUGGCGCAACUGUCAGGACGAUCACGAAUCGAAUGUUUUGUUCUGUUCGGUUACACUUUUUACACUUGUCGCGUUUUCUUUUUCCUUUCGAAAUACGAAGAUGAAUUAGAUAGAUAGGAAGGAAACUCGUUUCCAUUUUGUACGUUAGUGACUUUUCCUCUUUUUUCCAAAGUUACAAUACAUGUCCGACGAGUGUAGAGCGAGGAGCGUACGUAGAAAGAACAGAUCUGUGAUGUUUGGAGAAGCGAUCACGAGAAAGGGAAGGAGUCACCCUUCACCACCGGAUGCGAGUGUCACUCUCUCUUAUCUGCCAGACAGCGCUAUCCACGACCUUGCCAACUCGUAAGGAGCAAUCGAAUUGCAGGCUGAAGCGAAAUUCGACGCGUGAAGUCACACGAGAAUUGUUGUAAAUCGGCAUCUCGAAAUAGGGCGACGAAAAAUUGGCGGCGCUUAGCAAGACGGGAAGUUGGGGAACACGCGGCGCGGUGCCGCAAGACGAGACUCGUUUCCCGUUGUUUCGUUACCGGUUGCCCGUUAGUUCGUUCCGCCGCCCGGAUCCCCGUUUUCGACGUCCGUUCACGCGCCAUUCUUCCACAUAAUUUCCUUCGGUGAAGCCCGUUUUGAAAGCCUGCUGGUCGACCAGAAAAGUUUUGUUUGCUUUCGGCGUGGGUAGGACGAGGGUGAGCCGGAAGAAGAAGAAUGGACAAUCAAAAGUAUCCAGCACCGUAUCCCCCGCUGCCGGGGGUGGGAAUGCAACCGCCGGUUGUAACAGCACCGUUGCAACCAAAUGCGCCAGUAUUAUCACCAGGUGGCUGGCUGCCGCCGAGUACGAUAUAUCCACCCGGCUUGCAAUACCUUAUGGGGCUUGAUUACCUUUUCGUGAACCAGAAAAUUGAGUUGCUUCAAGCUUUUACCGGGUGGGAGACUAAGAAUAGGUAUUCUGUUACGGACAUCCGCGGUGAACCAGUGUUUUACGUGGCCGAAGAAUCGAACAUCUGUUGGCGAUUGUGCUUGGGCAAAUACCGUUCCUGCGAAUUCAGCAUCUUCGAUCGAGAUCGACGGGAGGUCCUGCAUAUGAUUCGUCCUUUUAGAUGCGACAGUUGCUGCUGUCCCUGCUAUUCACAGGUUUUAGAGGUUUAUUCAGGAAACACUCUGCUAGGCAGCGUUACUCAAGAAUGGAGUCUCUGGCGGCCAAUAUUCUAUAUUCGCAAUGCAUCCGGCCAACCGGUGUUAAUGAUAAAGGGACCAAUUAUCCGUUUCUGCGUUGAAGUAAAUUUUAAGGUCAAAUCCAUAGAUGGAAAACAUCGCAUCGGCAUGAUCCAGAAGCAAUGGAGCGGUUUUGCUCGAGAGUUUUUUACCGUUUCUGAUAUGUUUGGCAUUAACUUUCCGCGCGAUCUCGACGUAAAUAUAAAGGCCGUGCUGCUGGGAGCAAGUCUUCUCAUAGAUUUCAUGUACUUCGAAAAUCAGCAAUAGUUAAUUUGUCUUAAUAUUUAAGAGAAAAAUAAAAUGCGAGCGGCUUAUAUAAACUAUAUUUAUACCAUAAAAGAUAUUUUACGCGUUAUAAAAAAUGAAAACGAGCACAUUCAGGGUAGAAUCCUGAGCUACCAAUCGUGAGCUGUGAGAUAAGCUACAUACAUAUAUAUUGCUAUUCUAUUUUUUAAUCACUUUACAAAUAGUUUUUGCUAUUUGUAUAUAUAUAAUGGGAAUGUAUAUUAAACGCCAAUUUACUCUGGUGAAAAUGUAAUCAAACUUAUAAUCGUUGCUGAAAGCAACGAUAAAGUUUGAUUUAGAGACGCUCUCUAUUUUUUAUAAACGUGUUAAUAAUCUGUGUAUUUCCAUUUAAAUGAUUACUUAUUAAUUUACAAUAUAUCUACCGUUCUUUAUUCUAAGUUGUCUUCCGAACAACGAUAACAAUGAAUAAUAUAAAUUAUUAUAUUAAUAAAUAAUAAUUUCUAUUCAUUGUAAAACAUAGAGUGUAAAUUGCUUUCAUAUUUAUCUUUCCUCGCACAACCAAUAUAUUUUUACUCAAAUAUAUCAAGAUUCCACUCGUUUACCAAAUGCAAUUUUAGUUUGUGUAAAUAAUUUGUUGCUAGCUAAUGUAAUAUUCAUUAAUGCAAAUAUUAUUUGUAAUUAAUAUUAAAAUUUUAUAUAUAAGAGUUAAUAUAUAAAGCAUGAUUUGAAUAUUAUAAAUUAUAAUAUUAUAUAUAAUAAGUGUUUAAAUGUCGUCGAUAAUAAUAUACAUAUAUUGCAUCGAUGUAAUCUCAUUGAUUUUAUAAAAAUAUUUUCUUACUCAAUGACUGCACUUACCCAACUGCAUAUUAAUAUAAUCGCGAAUUUGUAAGAAAAAAACAUGUUUGUGUUUGAUCCAAAUAAAAUUUAUAUUAAUUACA